AUGAGCCUAAUCAAGCCAAAGCCAAGAUGUUCUCGCGAUCCUGAUGCUUUCCCCAUCUUCCAACUGUUCAUUCUCGCUAUUGUCCGCCUUGCGGAGCCCAUCGCCCUCACCUCCAUCUUCCCAUAUGCUUGGGCCUUGAUCAAGCACUUCCAAAUCGGCCAGGAGAGCGAUGCAUCCUUCUAUGCCGGCGUCCUCAUAUCGGCCUUCUCCCUGGCGGAGGCCAUGAUGGGAAUGUACUGGGGCGGCCUCUCAGACCGAAUUGGCCGCAAGCCUGUCCUCCUUGUCGGUUGUGUGGGCACCAUGUUCAGCAUGAUUGCCGUGGGCCUGGCGCCCAACAUCUGGGUGGCUCUCGCGGGACGGGCGGCUGGGGGCUUCCUGAACGGCAACAUUGGCGUCAUCCAGACCAUGGUUGGCGAGCUGGUAACGAAACCAGAACAUGAGCCUCGUGCGUAUGCCAUCAUGCCGUUUGUCUGGAGCAUCGGUACCAUCAUAGGUCCGGCCAUCGGCGGCACGUUUUCCGAUCCUCGCGCCUCGUUCCCCGGCGUCUUUUCGGAGGGCUGCCUGUUCGACCGAUUCCCCUUUCUACUGCCGAACCUGGUGUGUGCUCUGCUGCUUUUCAUCAGCAUCGUGCUCGGCUACUUCCUCCUCCAGGAGACCCAUCCCGACCUGCAGCACAAAGCCGACUGCGCGCCGGCAGACAAUAUCUUGAGCCCUGUUCUGCAGCACCACCAGCACGAUGUUUACAUGUCGUUUGAGACACCGCUGCUGGAGACGUCGGACGCGCUGAAGCGACCGGCCGUCGACGUGCGCACGGAUAUGUACGGAACAUUCCAACGGGGCCGUGGCAGCCAGUGGGAGGCCGAAGGAAGCAGCUCGGCCGAAUCGUCGACGGUGUGCUCCAGUAGGAGCAGCAGCAGCACCAGCCUCAACAAAUACUUUGCGGAAAAGAAGAAGAGGAGCUUGCAGGCGUGUCCACCGGUCAGCAUCUUCUCACGCCGAAUCAUGGCCGUGGUCCUGGCCCUCGCCAUCUUUACGUACCACAGCAUGGCCUACGACUCGACGCUGCCGGUCUUCUUUGAGGACGACCGGGUGCUACCGUUUCCUGGCAGCGGUGGAAGCGGCGGCGACAACAGCACCCAAUUGCCCUCGUUUCCAGCUAUGCUCUUCUACUCGCCGGGCGGGCUCGGCCUGUCCCUGCGCAGCGUGGGCAUGAUCAUGGCCGUAGACGGGGCGAUUGCGCUGUUCGUGCAGGCGGUGGUGUUCCCGCUAGCUGCAGCGUGGAUGGGCGUGUACCAGCUGUUCAUCGUUGCGACGGUGCUGCAUCCGCUGGCUUACAUGCUGUUGCCAUGCCUGCUGUACGUGCCGGCCUGUCUGUUGUACCCGGCCAUUUAUGCGUGCAUGGCCGUACGGACGGUGUUUGCCAUCAUCAUCUAUCCUCUGCUGCUGAUCCUGAUCAAAGAGGCGACACCGAGCGCGUCGAUUCUAGGCAAGGUCAACGGGUUGGCAGCCAGUGCGGGUGCGGCCUGCCGCAUGAUUGCGCCGCCCAUUGCGGGCUACCUGUAUACAGUGGGCAGCCGGAUGAACUGCACGGCACUGGUGUGGUACAGCGGCGUGGUGGUGGCGCUGAUAGGCGCGGCGCAGUGCUUCAGCGUGGCGAGGCCACGGGACAGGCUGCAGACGGAACCGCAGGCGGAUCCGGAAGCAGAGCUUUCCAUAGAGUCGGCAGAGGUGGACGAGGAUUUUUAUAGCAUGCGCAGCGAGGAUGACUUGUGA